UACCCUUGCUCAUAAUAUAUCGCUAUACAUCUCUCUCAUUCAAUUAGGGUUUCCAAUUUCCAGAAUUUAGGGCUUUUCCGCGUAGGCUUCAAGGAGAGAGAAGCGAUGGGAGGAGGCAAUGCGCAGAAAACGAAAAUGGCUCGGGAAAAGAAUCUGGAGAAAAUGAAAGGCGCAAAGGGUGCCGGAAGUCAACUCGAGGCCAACAAGAAGGCCAUGAACAUCCAGUGCAAGGUUUGUAUGCAAACAUUUAUCUGCACCACGUCAGAGGUGAAAUGCAAGGAGCACGCUGAAGCAAAGCAUCCGAAAGCCGACCUCUUCACUUGUUUCCCCCACCUCAAGAAAUGAUGCGAAGCUUAUUAUAUCACCAAACACAUGUUUUGGUACCUGUUGCUGAUAAUAUAUCGAUGUGUUUAAUGUGAUGACUGUUCUAAACUUGGGAUGGUUUGAGUUACUUGAAACACUAUACUAUAUAAUAUGUUCAAUCAUCUCUUCUCUUUGUAUUGUUGAGACAUUAUUAAAAUAUUAUAAAAAUUUGUGACAAAUUCGCAGUAA